AUGGGCGGUACCUCUGACCGGGCCUAUCGCCGCCGCCGCCGCCGCCGCCGCCGCCGCCUCCUGGGCGGCCUCUGUUGGGGUUGCCGCCGCCGCCGCCCUUCUUGUCGCCGCCGCCGCCGCCGCCGCGCUGCUGGUGCAGCAGGGGACCGGGAGGCGCCGCCGCCGGGCCGCCCUGUUGCCUGCGCCGCCAUGCAGAUUUCUCAGAUGCGCCCAGUCAACGGUGCAUCCGGGUCUCGAGAGAAAGGUCAAAAGGGUUGACUUACAGGACGUAAGCCACGCGUCCGUCGGGCAACAUCAUGGGGACCAUAGCCAGACCCGCAGGGGCAGCAGCCUCCCUCCCAUACAUCAACGGCUGCAAAAAGAACACGUCCACUCACAUAAAUAUGGUUCGGAGGCCAAAACUAUAGGAAAGAUCAAUCAAUCUAUAUAAAAAGAAAAAUCGUCUAAUCUCUGGAACCCCAACCUGGGCGUACCCUCCUCCUCCUGCGCCGUAAGCAGCAGGGAGAGAGCCGUAGGGGUUGACCAGGCCGUAACCGGCGCGAGGGGGAUAGGCCGGCAGGAGAGGAGCCUUCUGUGAGAUGCUCGAGCCCGAAUCGCCCUUCUUGCUGUCCGCUGGUGGCUUCGCCAGUGAGCAAUCCAGAACUUGCCCUGCCAAAAGAUAAGAAUUCAGACCAAUUUGGGUCGCACAAAAAGUAGAGAGAGAAAGUAGAGAGAGAGAGAGAGAGAGAGUAAAACCUUCAAGUUCGUAUUUUUCGGUGUUCUUGAGGGCCUUCAUGGCCAUGGAUCGCUCUGCAAAGUGAACGAACCCGAAUCGGCUGUUCUCCUGGCCGGACUUGGCCGGGGGCAGGACGACCUUGCUGAUCUCCCCGUGGUGUUUGAACAGCUCCUUCACCUGGUCCUGGGUCACGUUCUUCGGGAGGUUCUUGAUGUACAGCGCCUUCACCUGGGAGUUGGAGGAGGACGAGGAGUCGCUGUUCUUCGGGUCGGCCCAGCUCACCGUCGGAGCGUUGCUCUCCAGCUUGAACUUCGGAGUCGACAUCUUCCUCCUCGAGUACUCCGCACACGCAUUGUUGUAGUACUCGAUGAAGGCGAAGCCCCGGUUGCGGCUCGCAUUCUGUGGGUCCUAUUAACGCACAAUAAUCAGAGAAAAAAAAAACGAUCAGAUUCCGAACAGGAAAGGUCCAACCUUGGACCAAGAUCACGCAUAAUAAUAUAAUUGUGAGCAUAAACAUCUAUUAUUUGAUUUCUAUACGAGGAUAUAUAUAUAUAUAUAUAUGAGCAGGGCUGACGCAUAUGUAGUAUCCUCGUACCUUCUUCAGCUCCACGAGGGAGACCCCAGGGCCAACCUUCCUCACCUCCCUCUUCAGAUCGUCGUCUGACCAGUGCCGAGGCACAUUCCCGAUGAAAAGCCGAUGCUUUACCUGGGACGCCGACACCUUCACCUUCUUCCCCUGAACCAGGCCAUGUCAUGAUCAGAGGAGAUCUCAGUGGCAAGUAGUGUGUGUGAGUAAGGUGAAAACAGCAAGGAGGAGGUGCUUGCCUUGAAUUCGGUGCCGUUGAGGUCUUUGAUGGCCUUAGAGGCUAAUUCUUUGUUCCUGUAAGUGAUGAACGCAUAACCCCUGUUCUCUGCCGAAUCCUUCCCUUUCAUUAUUCUCACCUGUUAUUUACAAGGGAUAAUAAUGUAAGUAUAUAUAUAUAUAUAUAUAUAUAUAUAUUUAUGUCUGGAGAGCAAGGAAGAGACACAGAGUGAAGAGAUGAGGGAGAAUGCCUACCUCAAAGACUUCGCCAAUGGCCUCACAAAAGCACUUCAAAUCGUCAUGGGAGACGUCCUGGGGGAUGUUGCCUACGUAAACCUCGGAGCCGUGCGGAGGGAGAGCAAGAAGCUCCUUGUGCUCUUCACUCACUUCCUCUUCUACGUUCUCCUCUGCUUGCUCAUUCUCCUCCUCUUCCUCGUCAUCUUUCAUCUCGUCGUCCCCACCGGUGAGUGCAACGGCGGCUUCUUCUUUUUCCUCUUCAGCAUCCUCCUGUUCUUCCUCUUCUACUUCUUCCUCCUCCACUUCUUCCUCUACCUCCUCCUCUAUUUCUUCGUAUUCGACAUCUUCCUCGUACUCCUCCUCGGGAUCGUUCUCUUCGUCCAGAUCCACCUGCUCUUCAGUCUCAACGGGCUUGACGGGUUCAGCUGGCUUUGUGGCGGCAGCACUAGCUCUUCCCCUUGGCAUUUUUUAAAUCUGGAACAAGCUUGCAAGGCGACUGAAAAGGAAAGAAAGGAGCAAGAAGCAUUUGCAAGGGGAGUAUAGAGAAAUGGAAAGGUGGAAAACAAUAGAAAGGCCAACAAGAGACGCAAACUGAGUCUUGAUUGGAUUCUUGCCAUGACAUAUGGCUGAAAGGAGCUUUGAUGUGGAAGAGAAAGAUCUUCGCCAAUAGGUAGGUAAUACCAGUAGACGAAACAACAGAGCAACGAGAAAGAUUUCUUGAAAGAUAAUCAGGAAGAUGAUACUAAACAGGCUCAAAAAAGUGAAGAUAUGUAUUUUUGUAGGGUUAGAUACUGGAAUGUGAACCAAAAAAAAAAAAAAUGCUUCCAGCCUAUCUCAAGUGUCUACAUUUGUGAUUCCAACCAACAAAAACAGAAGAAAAAAAAGAAAAAGUAUCACCAUGUGAACCAAAAACCAUAUACUACAUCAUAAAUAAAUGAAAACUAGGCAUAAUAUCAUGGUUCUCAAGAAGCAGCCCCUAUUUAUCAUCAUUUCAUUCUGGCAAGCGCAAGGACUAAAACAAUCACCCAUAAUGAAUAAGGCUAGUCAACAGAAUAGCGUUUUAUUCCGGUCAUUCAACUACUCAAGUCAUGUGAUAAGAAAAUCAAGCAUUUGGAUGAGCUCACAAGAAUGAUCCAAAGGAUAAAGAAAUUCAUCUCUGGCUACAGAUUUUCAAGUCAUCAAGAUUUAUACGAAUCAAAUUGAAUGCACACAUGCUUUCAAAGUAAGAUAAAACUACCAUUUCCCAGGAUGCAAAAGGUUCAUCCAGACGCGCCUAGGAAAGAUACUUGAACAUCUUUCCCGUUAAUGUCCAAGUGCUCUCAUUUUAACAGGAGGUAGUAACCCAAGACUCAUCUCCUCUGCCAUCUCUCUCCUAUUUGUCCUUCAUACCCCGCGGUUGGGAGUUCAUUGCAUCAUUCAAAUGCGUUAGCUAGUAGUUCACUACUGAUUAAGGGUUUGAUACCGACACAUGUCUUACUAAAUACUUAAGUUAUUGGACAGGGAACUUUUUCUUUUGAUGAUUUACACAAGACCUGUCUAUCAGCACCAACCGUUAAGCAACCUGUCACCAAGUCCAACAACUCUACUCGGAUGCUAACCUCCGGUUGAGAUUCACCUAUUAUCAAUCUCCAUGGGAAGUGUAUUUCAUCCAUAGUUUUUAUUAUUUCACCAAUUUCAGGAAGCAUUUCCGUCAGAUGCAAUUUCGUACGUAUCCACCACAGGUGGGUUCAUAGAUAAGCCUACACUAUCUACCUGCAGACUGUCACCAUUCUAAAGGGCAUAAAAUGGUUGCAUCGUAUUUAUUUUUAAUAUGUUCUGAAUAUCUGCUACUAUCUACUUAAAAAAAAGAGAGAGGAAUUCUUUACGUAACAUGCCAACUUGAUUUUGUGUGUCAAGUGAAAGGUACGAGAGCCGAUACCCACAUGUUAGAAAUAGAGUUUUCGGUUUUUCAAGUGUCACAAGUUAAAAAAAAAAAAAACAGAACUACACUAGUAUUCAGUUCCAUAUAACUAAUUAUCAACAAGUCAUUCAUGAGAGGAAAAUGGACGAAUAUUAGGCCGUGUCAUCCACUCCGGGCAUGCCACGUGACUAGACCCUCUGGACAAUACCAGAUGCAUGUCCACGGAUAACGUUUUCUUAGAAUAAUGCUCUAUGAAAACCCCCCGAUCUAUUACCUCCGGGCAUGCAUCGAAUAACGUUUAAAUCCAUGAAAAUAAUGCUCUAGUUGAUUCAGCUCAGGCCUAAACUAUUUUCUUAGAAUCUUGACCAACGGAAGUAAAAUUCCUAGUAGGCAUCUGGUAUCACGGAUGACAAAAUCUAUUAGGAAAACACCCACGUGGAAGUUUAGACUCGCCGAAGGUCUGCAAACACAGACGUUACGGCAUGAAAAUAUAGAAAGAUCAGGGUUAUUACGAUCUCCUCAGGACAGACAGUCCAUAAAAACAGUUUUCAGAUGAAAUCGGGUCUUUCCCCUUAUUUUGCUCCGUUCAUCCCCCGCCAAGCCUCCCGGCACGAUUCCGGAUAGCUUACUUCCUCAUCUUCGAAAUAUUUUUUUCCAAAAGCUUACCCUUGUAAAAGGGAAUGAAAACCUCGUGGUCACCUACCUGUAAAAUGAUAUCCAAUCCUUCAAAGAAAAAACUACGGCGUAAUAAUUGCUUGGACAUACCAUUUCAGAACCCAGCAGCAAAGACACUAUUCCCAUCAAAACAUUCCUCACUCCUCACUCGCCUAAUUCGCCACUCCGACUAAGAACAGUCCCCCCGAUCCCACAAAGACAGAGAACGAGAAAUGCAUAUCACAUAUGGAGAAUAAAAGAGAAAUAGCACUAGCAACUCACCUCCUGCUUCCCUCGCAAACAGACCGUCAGCCAAAACCCUUUUCAAGCAGCGAUCACUCAAGGACGCUGAAUCGGUCACCUCCCUACCGGCUACGUCUCCUCUAGCAGGGCUCACUGGGAUCGUCGGACUGAAUCGUUCCAACGGCCUCGAGGGCUUCGACGACGGAGCCCCCAAGAUUUAGGGUUCCGACGAUCUCUCCCGCCGCUCGAACCAAAGGAGCAACGAGAAGAAGCCCCGCGGAAACACCCUGCUCAACCCCCCUCUUUAGUAAAAUUAACGGGUACAAUAACGGUUCGGAUCCUUUUUCUAAUGAUCCGAUCCAACGAUUAUGGGCCUGACAAAUUCCUCCCGCUCAUUAGAGCCCAGAAGCCCCUGGGGGGAAAAAGCGGGGAGCCACGUGGCGGAAUGCCACGCAGCCUCGUGUAUUGAGACUGGGCCGGGCUGGAGGCCCAGUUGUCGGGGUUUUGAAGAUUCACGUCCAUGAAAAAUGUCAAGUUUUUAAGAAACCUCUGUCUUUAUUUAAUUUAAUAAUAACCCAUGGAAACCUUUGAUUAUUGUGACCUCCCCCCGGCCCCCGUCGCGUAGAACUCUGCGGGAUAUUCUCUGCCUAAUAAAUUGUAGAAAAUAUUUCAUGCAUCGUCUAUAAUAUUCCAAUUUAUGGCGUGACGGGCGAUGAGAGGGAGAGAGAGAGAGAGAGAGAGGUGGAGGGAUAUAUUUCGCAUUCCUUAAAAUCGAGGGGUAAAAUGCCAGUUAAGAUUAAAUGACUAUAUUACUCCGCAAUUGGCCGUUAUGUGAGACGAUAGAAAAAUCGGGGAGAAAAUAAAAAAUCGAAAUAUAAUUCGUACUAAAAUUUAUUAUCGAAUUAGCGAGGUUAUUGUUAAUCAUUAUUUAAAAAUUAAAUAAAUAGCGAGUAUCGGUUACGUGGAUGCGGUCAAGCCGUCCGAUUGGACUCGCUCGACUCGGUGUGUUGGAGUCUGAAUCCGAGUCCGAGUCGACCCGUUUCCUGAGGGGCUUCUUCCUUAUAGGGUCGUCGACCGUCUGAGGGAGCGCUCGUCGGAGUCUCGAAUUCGACGGCGGAAGGGGCGGGCCUCAGAUCGAAGGCUUCUUCCGAGCUUCUGGGAGAUCAAAGUCUUGGUGGAGAUGGAGGUGGAGGGGGAGGUGGAGCUGAAGGAGCUGUGUCGAUUGGAGGGGCACACGGAUAGAGUGUGGAGCCUUGCGUGGAAUCCCGCCGCCGGCGGCGACGGCGUUCCGGCGGUUCUGGCCUCCUGCAGUGGUGACAAGACCGUUCGCAUCUGGAGGCAGAACCUGGCGGCGGACUCCUGGGACUGCACGGUUCGUUUCUCAAAAUUUCCGCUCCCUACCCUACCCGAAACAUGCACAUAGUUGAUUACGAAAGAUUAUGGCAAUUUUGUUCGAAGUGACGUCCGUUUGCUCCGGCUGUGUAAUAAGUAUCUGUUUUCUGUUUCAAAAUUUGACGAUUUAAGGCGGUGCUUUUAAUUUUUUUGUUUUCAUUCGAUUGUGCUGAGUUCGUACUUUUAUAGAAUGGCGAAGCUUUGAUUCAUUCCAUAACCUAAAAGUAGGAAAGUUCGGGAAACGUUGACUAUUUGGAGUCGGCAACACGUCUAAUUAAUUCGACUUAUACCUUAAAUUAUCAUUAGCUAAUUUGCAACCAAAGUCGCCAAAAUCGCUAAAAUCAUCACCGAUUUUCUCUUUGGGAGGCUACCCCUCCAUAUAUGUGGUUGCAGCUAAUCUCUGCGUGGGUAUAAUGGUGGGGGGCGCUUUCCAUCUCCAUGAAAGGAACUAUUUCUCCUAUGUAUCUAUUCGGAAAGCAGUGUCUGCGGGGUUCCUGUUGCAGAAGGUUGGAUAUCAUCAAGGUUAACCUGCCACAAGUAUUGCAGUUCCCACGUCCUAUCAUCACUGGACCCGGUCUCAUUUUCAUUUGCUUGGGUCUGGACAUCAUUUUCAUUAUUGUCACUUCUCUUCGCGCUAAUUGCCAUUUUGUUCAAUAAACUUCUCUAAGAUGAGGUGGUAGCUGUCGAAUGGUAUUUUUACUGUCGGGUUUGAGAUGCCCAUGUAUUUUGCGACAUGGCUUAAAGGUUUUAAAAAAAAACGUGGGAUUAGUCGUCACUUGCUUCAAUAGCUUUUCAGAACACUAAUUACAGUCAUUUAUAACCUAUUGUGUAGGCUGUUUUGGACGAAACUCACACUCGAACAGUGAGAUCUUGUGCCUGGUCACCUUCAGGAAGGCUAUUAGCUACAGCAAGUUUUGAUGCCACGACUGCUAUCUGGGAAAAUGUUGGUGAUGACUUCGAGUGUGUCUCCACACUGGAGGUAUUUGUAUAAUUCAGAACCCUUGUGUGUACCUUGUUUGAAGUUUAUGCAUCAUUGAAUGUUUAUUAUUUUCAAUCGUGUUUUUCCAAUAUUAUUUCCUCUUACUAAUGCUUAUAUUUUAAUUCUGUUGGCCUUCCUAGGGCCAUGAAAAUGAAGUAAAGAGCGUCUCGUGGAAUGCUUCUGGCUCUUUGCUUGCCACGUGUAGUCGUGACAAAUCUGUAUGGAUAUGGGAAGUUCAAUCCGAUGGUAGUGAGUAUGACUGUGUUUCUGUCUUGCAAGGACAUACGCAGGAUGUGAAAAUGGUCCAGUGGCACCCGGUUUCGGAUGUUCUAGUGUCUGUUAGUUAUGACAACUCAAUCAAGGUAUGCAAUGUGAACUAGAAUUGAUAACGACUCCGUCAGGGGGGAAAAGAAAACUAGAGAACUCUUCUUUGAUUGUCAAACAGGUUUGGGCAGAGGAUGGUGAUAUUGAUGAUUGGCGUUGUGUCCAGACACUGGAGGAGUCUAGUGGGUAAUUAAGGUUUAAAUGCUUUCUUGGUAUGAUAUUUUGUCCAGCUUUUAUCUGAGCGUCUAUUUCCUUUUUUUCGUUAAUGGCUUUCAGUGGUCAUACAUCUACAGUUUGGGCAUUAUCGUUCAAUUCGAAUGGGGAUAAAAUGGCCACCUGUAGGUGCGUACAUCUCUCAGCUUCGAAGCUCAUGAAAGUAGUGUUGAUUUAGCAUAUCUUGGCUGAAUUCUCGAUGGGAAACUUCUGACGUAGGAAAGUGUCUGAUUUCUAAAUUGUACAUUUGCAGUGAUGAUCUAACCUUAAAGAUAUGGGACACCAGUGGCUCUUUUCAAAUAAUUGAUGAUGGGCACAGCCCCUGGUGAGAGAUUGACCUUUUUCGUUACAUUUUUUGGAUCCCCUUUUCUGAUAAUUUUCCAUUUUUACAUGAUGAUCGGUUUUUUUAUACUUUUAUUAAACUGGUAGUAAUUGGUUUCCCCUUUUUGUUGGACAGUGGACGACAUGAGCUUAGCUCAUUGCCGUUUUAGGUUAAUCUUAAUGAACAUGUUCUCUCAAACUAUUUGCCUGAAAAGAACAGGUUUUGAACAUAAAAUUUUGGUAAUGGCCAGAAGCAUGCCUUAUAAUGCCUGAAUCUCCACUUGGACCUACUAGGUUGUUAUAUCAAAACUGGACUGUCAAAAGAUAACCAACUGCAAGAACUUUUAUCAGAGAGUAUAUUUUACCUUUAGAUUUUGCAUGUAGAAUAGUUGUAUCUCAAACUGGUUAACCAUUCUGUCCCAUCUAGUUUGAGGAACAAAGGAAACCUGUUAAUGUGUUGUUUAUAUUUCAUAACGCCUAAAGAUGAAGUCUUCAAUUGUGGACCACGUAUAGUUCACUAACUAUAUUUUUUGUUCACCUCUUUUGAGAGGUAAGUGGCCAUUGAACUAAAUGUGAUUUAUCUUCUAAGCCUCUACAUUGGCAUCAAUAUUAUGUGAUAAUGCACGUUAGACCCUUACUACAUUGUGGACAAUAUAUAUCCCUUUUCAUUAUCUCCUUGUUGUUUUUUACUGUUUCCUUCAGGAGACACAUUUGCACUCUUUCCGGAUAUCAUCAUCGGACAUUAUUUUCUGUUGACUGGUCAAGGUAUGUGCUCGUGCAUUAAAUUUAUCAUUUAGUACUGCCAAUCAUUCUGAUGACGAAAAGAAGAGAGGUUUCAUUUUAUCUGUGGACGCUGAUGCCUUAAUAUUUUAUUUUAAUAUGAUCGCGUUUCCAUUUUUCCGCUGAUUACGAUUCAAAUAUAUGUCCUUUCAGAAUUUACAUCUUUAGUGCAUGAUUAAAAUACAGUGUCCAUUACUGAUAUGCCAUGUAUUCCAUUCGGGUUGCAGUUUAACUGCCUGAUAUUGGUUUUCUCAGUGUUUUGCUUCUUGAAUGUCAACAGGGAGGGUAUAAUUGCUACUGGAGCUGCCGAUGAUGCCAUUCGCCUCUUCGUUGAGGACAAACAUAGCCCCGUAUGUAUCAUACCUCUCCCAGCUCUUACUUGUUGUGUUAAUCCAUGCUACUAAAAGCUUCUCAUGUAUUCAUCAUGCAAGUAUAUUUAUGAUGUGCCCAGCGCCCUUUGAAAUGUGGCAUACUUAAUCUUCGGUGUUUCAUGCCUCCAUCUAAUCGAUGCCUAUGGGAUCUAAGUUACCCUUUGAGAUCACAUUCGUCGUGACAGACAAGCCUUGUUCUAUUCAUUUGGGAUCUGCUCUAUCAGCCUUAAGCUUCUGCCAUCUUGACUGGGUUUUUUAUUUAUUUAGGAGAAUUAGAAUUAUUUUAUCUUAAACAGGUAUGCAUGCUUGAAGGCAGUAGUGUAGUAGCUGUAAUGAAUGGCUCUCUCAUACAGUAUUAUCAUCCCCACCUUCUCAUCCGGAAAAUGGAAAAAGGCUCUUUUCUAGCUCCCAAAACAACCAAGACACAGUCCUAGAAGCCCAUGUCAGUGUUUAGUCCGAGAUUACACAACCUCGAGCUCAAAGCCCAGAUGACCAUUACUCAAGAACUCAAAGGAAGCAUCGACAUGGCAGUCCAAUUCAUGGUACAGAUCGAUGCAGACAGUUGAUUACUCACUACCCUGAAGCUACGCAAGAUAAAGAUAGAGAAAUCAACCCUAAGCAUGUUAUUAGCCAAUCAUAUCCACAUCGUCUUAGGAUGGACAGAUUGCCCACAUAAGAUAAAUGAGAGAAGACUAUCUCUCACCUCUUCUUUUCUCUUGGCAAGUCUCCAAUAAACAAGGGUCUCUCAUGCCGAGAUUUCAAGUAGGGUUGUGAUGGUACUAGACCAGGGCUCCUGUACAUGAAAUAUAUAGCACAUCCUCGUGGCAUAAAGCAAGCUUGUGCGACCCGAAGAGCCACGGUUGAGAAGAAUGACUGGCAGCAAACAAGCAGAGCAUGGCUGGGCGGCGAACAAUUGAUUUGACCGUUGCCAACUCAUAUACGCAGAUGCUUGUAUUUCAGAGAUAUGAGGGGCAUUGUUCUGGUGAGAUUUGACCGUUUAAUGUUCCCGGCAUAAGAUAAUCAGUGUAGGACGAGUCAACCAUGCUUUUAAUUCUUUGCUAGCGCUGCAAUUAAAGCUGCCUUCCAGUAGUUCUCAAAAUGGAUACCCAAUUCAAUCAUAGAUCGGGGGACAUGAAGAUGGUUUUUGUGGAAAUAUUCCAUGCAGUGCAGCUUGAUGACCUACUUUUUUUGUGUGUGUUGACUUUUUACAUGAUGGUCCAAAGCCCAAUGAUAAUGAGCACCCGUGGCAUCAGAUUGAGACGUGGUGUCUGCUGGUCAAACUCAAUCUAAAUGCGGACCUCGUGUGGAGGAUAAAACCAUUUUCGGUGUAUAGGUGAUGAUGCUUGGUGGGUCAGAUUCUAUUCAAAUGUGUUUGUUUAAUAUGACACCAUGAUGCUUAAGAUCGCAAUGCCACUAUCAUAACCCAAAUGAAAUUUUAUGAAUCAUAAUUAUCUUAUGAUUCAUCAGAUAACUAGAUGGUAUAAAGUAUGCUGAUUAUGCUCUUGUUUAUGAAUCAUGAUUAUGUAAUUUAAUAUGAUUACGAAUCAUAUGAAAUGCUUGUUUUUAAAAAAAUAAAAAUAAAAAUAAUCUUCCCGAAAUGUUGGAAACCCUUUUUUUUGUUGUUGCUUCAGGCUUAGAGUGCGUAAGAUUUUAUGCUUCUAAUUUUGUCAUCGUUCUCUUCUGUGGGACCCACCAACUGCAGAUUGAUCGGCCGUCAUAUAAGAUGAUCCUGAAGAAGGAGAAGGCCCAUGAGAUGGAUGUCAACGCCGUGAGGUGGAACCCGAAGGUCACUUUCUCAGGCCCAUCUUUCUUCGAAUUCUCCUCUUCCCCUCUCCCACUUGUUAUUAUUAUUAUUAUUAUUAUUAUUAUUAUUAUUAUUAUUAUUAUUAUUAUUCUUAUUAUUAUUAGUAGUAGCAGUAGUAUUGAUAUCUUCUUUGGAUUUCAGGACCCACGGCUACUUGCGUCGGCAAGCGAUGAUGGGUCGAUAAAGAUAUGGCAAUGUUCUUGCUGAGACCAUUGAGAGAGAGAGAGAGAGAGAGGGGAUUGAUGAUGGGUCCUCGGCUGCACUCUGAGGACUCUUCAUCUUCCCUUUUAUGGCAUCCAAUUGCGGAUGAAUGCAACGAACGCUGUUGUGGCUUCAAUGAUUCAUCUUCAUUACUAUUAUUAUUAUUAUUAUUAUUAUUAUUAUUAUUAUUAUUAUUAUUAUUAUUAUUAUUAUUAUUAUUAUUAUUGUCGUUGAUGCUGCUGCUCCUGCAUUUAUAUGUGCUCCAGAGGAUGCCAAUGGGGCUUGUGGCAAUCGAAUUUGACCUCGAGUUAUCGUAAAAAUGAGCGAUUUCAGGUGCCCAGGUCACAGAUUGACGGUGAGAGGCGAGGAGAGAGAGAGAGUUUGUUUACGUGGCCCAAGCGGUGAGGCACUGGCUCUCCGCGGGGAAGACGACGGAGUCGACUCGUUGGCGCUCCUCCACGAGCGCCUCCCUGGCCGAGGUCAACCCGGCGGGAACGAGGGCCCGGUCAACGGCGGCGCAGUCGAUCCAGUCCUUGAGGAGCUCCUCCUUCCCCCACCUCUCCGGUAUCCACACGCUCCCCCCCAUCGCCACCCUGUGCCGCUUCAGCCUCUCCCUUCCGCUCUCCUCCACCACCACCGCCGCCUCGCCGGAGAUGCCCGCCGCAUUCCGCCGUUCCUCCUCCGACGACUGGCGGCGCCACCGCUCUGGGCCCUCCUCUCCGGCGGAGGCGGCGGCGGCGGGAGAAGGCGGGAGGAGGGCUCCGCCGGUCUCCAUCGCCUGGGAAAGCUCGGCAGUGGCGUUUCUUCUUGUUCCUGCUCCCACACGGCCUAA